AUGGCCGCCGGACGUCUUCUCGUGAUCCUUGUGCUACUCAUGGCGGGGGCGGCAGCGGCGGCGGCGUUCGGGAUCCCCAUGCCCGUGCCGGCGUUUGGGGUCCAAGACGUCCCGUGGGAGUACUGCGCGUUGUACCGCAACAUCCAUGGGUCGGCGCCCUUCGAUCUGGGCACCGCGGCGGCCAUCCACCUCGGCAACACCAACUCGUGCAUCGCCGGCUACGACGUGGAUCCCGCGACAGGGGCAGGGGGCAACUACUACCAGCUUUGCAUCCCGUCCUGGGUGGCCGUCACGGAGAACGGCACCCUCGCCGGCGAGGCCGCCAUGAACCACGCCGCCGUCAGCCCCGGGACGGCCAUCUCGGGCUUCAUGCGCUUCAUGGAGCGAAGGCUUGAGCAGCGUGAGGUGACGAGAGCCAUGGAGCUUGUGCCGUACAAGUUUGUGGAGUGGCUGGGAUGGGCCGGCAUCCAGGUCCAGGUACAGGCGGACCAGCAGGUGAAGGUUUUCUCCGUGGCGCAUCUCGCCGGCGUCCUGAUCGCGGAGCUGAAGCAUAAGGCGGAGGCGCACCUGGGCCGCGACAUCAGGCACGGUGUCAUCGCCGUACCCCAUCACCUCACCUACCGUGGGAGGCAGGACGUGGUGCAUACGGCGAGCAGCUGGGGCGGCUUCUGGGGCGGCGGCGUCAAGGCCAUCGACCAGCAGAUCGCGGCGGCCGCGGCGUACGGCCACCACACGGAGACGGAGCAGGGCGACGGCAAGACCAUCCUUGUCUUCCGCGUCGGCGGCCGCACGUCCGACGCCACCAUCUUCAAGUUCGUCAACGGCACGGCUCGUUACGACUAUUCGCAACAUGAUUACUUCUUGGGAGGCGACGACUUGACGGCGAGGAUUGUGGACUACAUGGCGGAGCUCAUCAAGCAGCGGCAUCAGUGGGACAUUCGGCAGGACGAGGACGGCAAGGCGCUCGGCAGCCUAAGGGUGGCCUGCGAGUACGCCAAGAAGGCACUGAGCGACCAGGAGGAGACGCUGGUGCAGGUCGACCUCGACGGAAUCGGCGCCGGCGCCGGCAGCUUCUCCGAGCUCCUUACGCGGGCCAAGUUGGAGGAGCUGAACCAGGACCUGUUGGACAGAGCCAUGGCGUUGGUGGACGGGGCGCUGACAAGGAGCGGUCGUCGGCAGCCGGACAUGGUGGUGGUGGACGAAAUCGUCCUCGCCGGCGGCAGCGCGAGGAUCCCCAAGCUCCGGCAGCUCGUCCAGGACUACAUGGGUGGCAGGGAGCCCAACAGCCGCAAGGGAGUGGAGGCACAGGAGGCCAUCAUCCAUGGGCGGUCUUAGAGUCCGGCCGUUCGGACCGAAUAUGUCGUCCGGCAACUCUCGCCCAAUAUUUCCCGCCUGGGUAUUGCGCGUAUAGGCUGUAUAGAAGCUAGCACUCUGAAUCUGGGCUAUUGGUCACUGUAACCCGCGUCAAUAGCAAGACAGGCGUGGCUGCGGACAGAUGACAGGCUGUCCCA